AUGGCUACAACUCUACCAAUUGAGCUCAUUUAUUGCAUUCUCGAUUACCUCGAUGUGGAAGACUACAUCGCCGCUCGGGCAACCUGUCGGAAAUGGCGGAUCGCAGCCUCGACCUCGUCCAUCAUUCGAAACACCCUUCAGCAGGUCCCUGUCUCGCUGCCCUCUCGGACAGAUCUCCUCACAAAGGAGGGUUGGAACAGCUACUUCUGUCAGAUCGUCCGUCAGAACUUGCUGGGAUGCCGCAACAGCGUCCAGAAAACGCAAUCGAGGCGCGAGCUCCCUCCAGAAUGCUCGCAUUGUACGAUAUACGACAUCUCUCGCGACGGCCGGAAGCUUGUCGUGCUGAAAGGCGCACGAGCAUUGCUGUAUAGCCGCUCAGACGCCGACAGUCCCUGGGAAUUCCUCCGCUCCUCACCUUUGUACUCACUCUGGACAUCAGUAUGUCCUGCAGUGCUAGGCGCAUCACAGCAUACAGAGUACCGCAUCGCGCUCUCGUCAGACGGGCAGUUCCUCGCAGUAGGGCUGGACAAGACGGUUCAGAUCUAUAGCCUGCUCGGAGACCUGGACGGCCUCACCUCGCCUGCCCAGCAUGCCGUGAACCAGGAAAACAGAUUCCUCCAUCCGCCACCUGCCAACUACGAGGAAACUAACGGCACGAUCGAGAGCCUCGAAUUCGCCGAGGACGACGACACUCUGCUCCGCGUCGCAAUCGCCCAGGACACUACCGCUUUCCAACCGACUCGCGUGCGCUACCUAGGCAAUCCAGACCGCAAGCCCGUAGGCCCUACCUCCCUCGCAUACUGGCGUGCCGCCAUCAACCAAGUCUACCUCGACUCCGCCUCCAUGGCCGGCACCCUCAGCCCGGGCGACAGAGACAAAGUCUCUCUACGAGGCCUCCAGCUCCUGCCGCGGAGCUAUCGCCGCCCCCCGCAGCCAUCCACAGCCGACAAUGACGCUCACCCAUGGCAGCGAUAUUUCACCGCAUGCCUCCAGAGCAGCACCAGCACAAGCGGCUACUGCAUCGGCCAAAUCGAAACAUCCCCCACCCUCCCGUCCUCCGCACAAACAAUAGCCAUUGUCCACCUCCUGCCCAGCCGACAAGCCCACUCGACAAUGCCCCAAAUCACCCCCUUCACCAUCCCCUCAGACCUGCCCUCACCUUCCCCCACCACCGAUCCCUCCAAACCCACCCCCACCACCCCGCAAACCAACCCCUCCCACCGCAAAUCAACCUUCCAAACAACAGACACCCACCACAAAACCACCACCCUCCACGCCGCCACAACCGCGAGAUGGAACACCGCCAACCUCCCCACCGCGGCACCCACCACCACCAGCGCGGCCCCGCUCCUCGCCGUCUCCCCCGACGCAAGCCUAAUGUGCCUCUACGAGCCCGGCACAGGCCAUUACUCCAGCAUCGCCGGCGGGGGCGCCCUCUACCUGUACAGCCUGCAAAACGGAGAACCACCUGCCAUGCUUCUCCAAACCACAAAACAGGCUGCCCCUGAAGCAGCAGCGGCGGCGGCGCAUCCAACCCAACCAACAGAUCCCGCCACCCACACAACCCAACUCCCCAAAAUCCCAACCUGGUCCCUCCUCCUCGACAUCACAGACGAGGACAUCCACUCCCUCCGCAUCACGCCCAUCCCUUCCCAGCACCACCACACACCAAAGAAAUACACAAUCACAGCCACGACAAGCGCCACUGCAAAACAGAUCCUCUCGUGGCGGGUCUAG